AUGUUCACUUUUUCCAACUUUAACCUCGCCAAGCUUUCGAGGAAAAAACUUCACACCGCCGCCAUCUUGGCGCUUGCCUUUCUCGUUCUGCUUUCUUUCUUGUCGUUGGUUUCGGUCAAAUCCGAUAUAGUUCCACAAAUAAGCGCCAUCAAGGUAUCUUCCAUCGACUCGCUCGCAUCUCGGUUGUCGUCGGUGACCGUUGGAGAUCCCGAUGCUGCAUUGGCAAAAAGUGUCGAGAACUUGUACCACACCAAAGUUGAAACCGAUGUCGAAAACAAGUUCUGGAGACUCAACACCAAGAUCGCCGAGCCGGAGAUCGAAAUCCCUUUUUUUUACAGAUCUUCCGAUUCGCAAAAACCGUCGAUCCAGCCGUUUGAUCCUCGGUUCACCAUCGGCGUUUACUAUCACCACAUCAAAAAACAAAUGGCAAAGGACCAUCGCGGGUUGGUGUCGGUGCCGUUCCACUGGUACGACUGGCUCGACAUGUCGGUGCUCAACAAGUAUCUUUUGGCCAAUCCAGCCAAUAAAGGCGGCUGCGAACUUGUCGAUGCUCGGCCAGAAAAUGACAAAAACGAAAAUAAGGGCCCGGACCCGGCUACUUUUUGCAUUUCAGGAGACGAUAUCCUGUUCAGCCACGACGACGGUAACUCUAUCCGGCCCGGAUUCAACGUUUUCACCAAUCCUGGACGGUCCACUUCCUCACAAGCAAUAUUGGCGGGCCAAUCUUACCUUUACACAUUUGCUCCUCCACCAUCAAGAAUGUACUUUUUGACCAAAGACGGCUACUACGACGUGGCCACCAAUAGCAGAAAGAAAUUAUUGGACUCGGGACUCGUGGAGGAGUAUGUGAAAGACACCCAUGCGAGCAGCAUUAACAUUGCCAAAGAAUUUAAAUCACUUCAACGGAAAGUUCCUUCAAACAAAGAGGACAUAAUUACCGCUUACGAGGUGGAGAUUCCAGAGGAGUCGUUUCAUUUCAAAUGGCAGGAAAUUAUUAAUGAAUACGAGACCAAAAUUCUUGGAGGAAAACAGCUUUCCAAACUGGAAUUGCGCUACUACCAGUCGCUCAAGUACUCUGCCGCAGCCGUGGCGCUGAACGGAGGUCCUCCCAAGUACUUUGCCGAGGCCCGACUUCACGGAACAACGUUGGGAGACCACUACGACUGGAGAUUUUUCAACGGAGUGAUGUACGGAACUUAUGAACAGACGCUUGUUUUGCACCGGCUCGUUCGAACAUGGCUCUCCUUUUGCCGCAAAGUGGGUAUCACCACCUGGGUAGCUCAUGGAUCGUUAUUAUCAUGGUACUGGAACGGAUUUGCAUUUCCAUGGGACAACGAUGUGGAUGUCCAGGUGCCCAUAAUGGACUUGCACAAGCUCUCGCUCCACCAUAACCAAACGUUUAUCGUGGAGGAUACCGAGGACGGGUAUGGACGGUACUUUUUGGACUGUGGAACCUUUAUCACGUUGCGUGAAAAAGGCAACGGAGAGAACAAUAUCGAUGCGAGAUUCAUCGAUGUCGAUACCGGACUUUACGUCGACAUUACUGGCUUAGCGCUUUCAAACACACGGCCACCGGACCGGUACCGGGCUAAUCUUCCAGAAGACUUGAAGGAAAAACAUUUCGAAGCCAACAAACAGUUGAAAACUUAUAAUUGUCGCAACAACCAUUUUUCGUCGCUAGACGAACUUUCGCCCAUGGUGAAAACUUUCGUCGAAGGUGAAAUCGGAUAUGUGCCACGGGGAUACACAGGCAUUCUCCAGGCGGAAUACUCUCGUGGAUUGUUGAGUAAAACGUUCCAGGGCCAUGUUUUUCUUCCGCAGCUUCGAUUGUGGCUCAAAGAGUACGAUCUCUUUUACUUUCUCAACGACCGAGAAAAAUGGAACAAAUAUCACAAUUACAACAUCGAGUACGCCGAGUCGUUGGGAAACGGCGACGUCAAGUUUGACGAAAACAAUUAUGAAUACACCGAAGACGAAAAGAAACACGGAGUCAAACAAGGAGAUAAAAUUGUUCCUGCCAAAGAAGUCAAGCUCACCGACGAGGAUAUUGAAAAAGUCAUGAAGUUCCGCUCGGAAGACCUACUCGAAUUCUUGCAAAAAGACGAUGUGUUUAUGUAUUACUACACCACACAGCAUUUCACCGCAUUCCAUGAAGAAGAAAUAAUGCGACUUUCAUUUGGAAAGUCGAGCGAGAAAUUGGUGAACAAUGCGCCCGAUUUCCAGCCCAUGCUCGUGGAGCCAUUCGAGUAUUACAUUCACAAUAACUAUGUGGAUUAUACCGACGAGGUGAAUAAGUAUGUAGCGUUGGAGGAAAGUUAUCGACAGCAGGACGCAAAGCAGGAAAAGCAGAAGCAGACAACAUGA